AUGUGUUAUGAAGAAGGUGUUGGCCAAAUAUCAGACAAAUACAUCUUAAUCCUUCUAAACAAAAACUGGACUGAAGCUCAGCUGCACUGCAGAAAGAAUCACAAUGAUUUAGUCAGUAUCAGAAAUAAGAGAGAAAAUGAGAGAGUAAAGAGUAUGGUAAAUGACAGUGAAUUUCCUUUCUGGAUUGGCCUCCUAUAUGAUAACAUUGAAUGGUUUGAUGGAGGACAAUCUGCUUACAGAAAUUAUUCAAAAAUACCUGAUCAGAAAAAGUCGACAUUAUUCAGUAAAGAAUCAGUCACAUCAUGGAUACAAGGGACAAUGACUGGUUCAUACAAUGCUUUGUGCUACAAAAGUUUAAUUCAUGUAAGCCCUUAUAAAAUGUCUUGGGAGAAAGCUCUGUAUUACUGCAAUAGCAAUGCUUCUGGACUACUGCGCAUCGAGUCACAGUAUGAUCAGAAAGAAACAGAACGAGAAUUACGAAGACAGAAGAUUUCUGGUCCGGUGUGGAUCGGGCUUCGACAAAGUCGACUUUUUGGUUUCUGGAUUUGGGUCAGUGGGCUUCAAGUGGGACCCUGGACCAAUUGGAAAGGAGGACGCCAACCAGAACAUCAGCUGUCCCAGUAUUGUGGUGCCAUUGAGAAGGUGAACGGUGUGUUCAAGUGGUCUGAUAAAGACUGCAAAUCUACAUUUAGAGUUUUAUGUGAAGGGAAGUAAUUCACCAACAUCACCAAACAUUGUCAUCUAUACAUUCACUAUAAUGUUCUUCUAAAUAUUUUGUGUUGA